CGAAAGUUAAAGGAAAUCGUGUGUGUUUAAGGUGACAAGUCGUGGGAAUAGCCAUGCAUGCGAAACCAUCAUCGCAGGCCGGGAAAACCAGGAUUCAGGAUCCAGUAUGCAGGUCAUCCGCCUGUCACGUGCCUAAGCGCCUCGGACAACGCAAUGCAGGUGCCACCGACAGGUCCUUCGGGGAUCGAGGUACCAGGCAGUGGGCUUUCCAGCUGCAGUGCAUCCAGAGCCGUGUGCGACAAAUAUUUAUUAACUGCCACAACUGCCGGGCAUCGGCUUAGAGGCUUGAUCUUGGCAUUAGAGAGCUAA